AGCACUGGAACAAAACAGGAAAAGGAGUGGUCAUGUGACGUAUGGAUUGUUUCGCGAAAAAUCUUAGCUAGCUGCACAGCUAGCUAAAGUAUCUAAUCAUCAUUACAUUUUUUAACGCAGCAUAAUUUACAUAAAUGUGAAUAUUAAACUUCCAGCAGAGUCAUGAAUGGGAGUACAAAUCCGCUCUUGGACAAAGAAGAACAUGUUUUGAAGCUCGGAGAGAGCUUUGAGAAGAGGCCAAAAUCGUCAUUUCACACCAUCAGAUAUGAUUUCAAACCAGCUUCAAUUGACACAAGCUGCGAAGGAGAGUUGCAAGUCGGUAAAGGAGAGGAAGUCACCAUCACAUUACCUCACAUUCCAGUAAGAGGCUCUACACCACCCAUGACAGUAUUCAAAGGGAAUAAGCGGCCAUAUCAGAAAGACUGUGUUCUUAUCAUCAAUCAUGACACUGGGGAGUACAUGCUGGAGAAGUUGAGCAGCAGUAUCCAGGUCAAGAAAACCAGAGCGGAGGGCAGCAGUAAGAUCCAGGCCAGGAUUGAGCAGCAGUCGGUGCGUGCCACUGCCACCCAGCCUCCAGCGCAGUUCCGUGCCCCCACUAAGCCUGGUGCAGGCGCCAAGACCUCCCCCUCCCCUUCCAAGGACAACCCCUCCCCUGAGCCCCAACUAGAUGACAUCAAGAGAGAGCUGCGAGCGGAGGUGGAGGUUAUUGAACAAAUGAGCAGCAGUAGCGGCAGCAGCUCAUCUGACUCUGCCAGUGGCUCUGGUAGUGGGGACGACAGCUCCAGCAGUGAUGGGGAGCAUGACGCCCCUCACCCCCAACCUAUCCCACUCCCUCUCCCCCACAUCCAGCCCUCCCCCAACCGUAAUCCCAUGGCCAACGGAGGAGCAGACAGGCAACAGGGCAGCAACCAGCUGAUGAACACGCUCAGGAACGACCUCCAGUUGAGUGAGUCAGGCAGCGACAGUGACGACGACUGAACUGCCCCCAUCUACCUCUCAUUAUCACACCAUCUUGCUCUCCUCUUUCUUCUCUUUGCCUGGUUCCGUUGUUUUGCUGCUGUGGCAACCGACCCAACUGUAAAGUCUAGUUUUAUUGUUUUUUUUUUAUAUCUCUUGAGAAACUGGCCAACCUUAAGAUUUAAUAGUGUAUUUUUUGAUUAGCUGUAUAUUUUGUUUUGUAUUUUUAAAUCCUUUUACAUAUGAAAACAUGCUAAAGAAUAUAUAUUAGAAUGCAUAUAUAUAUUUUUUCUGUAGUUAGAGCUCCUAGUUGUAUCAACUUGUAUCACAAGUCUUUGUUGUUUUCUUGUUUCAUCACAAGGGGAGGGGCUUAUUUGGACUAUAUCACCCCCAUCUUCCCUAUUUAUCUGGAAAUCAAAAGAAGGCACUGAAAGCAUUUCACCCAUUCCAUGUUUUUAUCAGUAUCAUGACACUUUCAAAAUCAGUCUUUUAAGAGGCCAGGAUGCAGCUCACAUCAAUCUUAAGCUAUAGAGGAUACUAAAGGACAUACUCAUAUUUUUCUUGUAAAAUCAGUUUCAAUUGACCACUUACUAAAGUGUUUAGCUGGAAUAUUGACCUGUUCUGGUGAACAUUUCAUCAUACCCUUUAUAGUUAAUAUUCUACUAUUUCCACAUCUAUUAUUUGACUUUCUUAUUCUGUCUCACUCAAUAGCUAGAUUACCAUCCAAUUGGUGACAGAUUUUCAUGCGAACAUUCUAAAAUCUGCAUUAAAACAAUAUGUGCAUAUUCCCACCAGAUAUGUUUCCAUCAAAUCGAUUUGUUGCGGAUAACAGUAUGUGUGUGAUGACGUAGUGCACAUAAAUACAAGUUUAAUGGGUUUCCAUCGCAUUUUAAACUACUAAUGUUGCGUUAUAUUGCGAAUCUCUGGUCUGCACGUGCGCUCUAGCCAACAGCUCGCAGGUAGGCUAGUCUACAUGAUGAGAUUAUUAUGGAUAAAGCGUGAUUAUCUUUUAUUUGUCAAGCGGCAGCCUAGCAUCGAUCAUCAUGUCACCAGAAUAAGACCCUCGAUAUUUAUUGGAAAGGCUCAUCACCGUGCACUUUCACCACCAUGUAAAGUUUAUCAUAAUUUAUUUCAUAUCGCCUAAUAAACUGCAUGCUUGUCGUAGUGGGAGGACCACACAAUAUCAUCACAUGACUCCAAAUUGAUUUCGAUAUGAUAUUUAUAUCAAUAUUUGCACAUGAAGGCGUUUCCACUGCCAUUUCUCGCAUUAGUAAUUCUACAGACACACUGUCUACUGUGUUUUGUCGAAAUUUGGAAAGUUUACCGAUAAAAAUGUGUUUUUUCCACCAGUCCUGUCGUGGCAUUGUUUUAUCCGACAUGUACUUUACUCGCGUGAAAAGGUUGGAUGGAAACCUGGUUACUGGCCCAACCAUAUAUCACUGUCCCAAAUUCCCAACCGUAUAGCACUGUCCCAAAUUCCCAACCGUAUAUCACUGGCCUAGUUUCAGACCAGUGUAGACAUUGAAGCCAAAGAAGCAAAACAAGUAGUUUUUAGAAUACAGACACCGAACUUCUAUUUUUACUUAGAAAUGCGUCUAUUUUCACUAGAUGUUGAGUUAUUCAUAACAUGUAAACGCUGAUAUAAAAUGACCACUUGUUUUUUUCAUCAGUUCCAAAGAUUCAACUGAUUUGGAGUGAUAGCAGUCACGUUGGAUCACAUAUUUUAAUUUAGCAACUGUUGUGACAGAGAAUAUCAUUUGAUACUCUAUAUCAUGUGCCCUGUAACAAAACAAUCCCUAAUCCAAAAUAUCUUGAUGUAUCCCCCAUAGAGAUGUGACGUUGUGGCUGUAUCCCAGUGGGCACUCCACGUAAUUUAAACGUGGAAAUGUAGGUAAUAUUUGGUUGAGACGUUGAUCAAUGAAAUUUCAACCUUUAUUCACCCACUCAAAAAGUUAGCCAGAAGUUUGUUGAAUUUCCGGUGUGUUAUCACUAUGCAUUCAACCAUCCAAAUGCACAAUCAAAUUCCAAUUUGAAAAACGGUGAUUUCUAGUGUAGUUAUAAUCUAAAUGUUAUCACUGCGCUUUCAACCAUUUUAAACCGCAAGGUUCAAAUGGGAAUAAAACGUCAGAUAAUUUGUAUUUAUACAACAAUUUAAUAGCACGACCAAAUGACCUGGAUUGCAGCUGUACAAAGUGAUCAAUAAGGUUCGAGAUUCUGCGCAGAUUAUUAUAGGUAUUGUAAAGAUCUCCACAGACCUGCGGUGUUUGAACAUGCACGCUUUCAAUUAUUACAGAAGACAUUUAUAGUUACUGUAGGCUAACCUGAAAAUGUGACCAUGGAUGUGUGUUACUAAUUUUAAGAUGGAAUAAAUACUGUUACAUUAGUUUGUAAAAUAGCCUUAACUUUAGGCUAUUUACUGUAUUCCAAAAGUCAGCCAAAUAUCAACAUUUUAAAGGAUAUCUAAUGCUUGGAUGGUUUCAUCCUAUUUUUUAACUUUUAUUUUUGGUUAAAUUGGAGACGUGAAUCCAACAUAUCAUUUGUUAACUUGUCGUCAAGUUAAUAUGCUAUUUACUGUAUUGCAAAAGUGAUAUUGAAUUGUGUUUGGUUGUCAACACACCUCCUUCAAAUGUUGAUAUUUGGUUGUAUCUUUUUUGCCCUGAUUUAGUAUAGCUUUAAUUCCAAUUUGUCUACAAAUUAACAAUUUAUAUGUUGAAUUAUUGUCGCCAUCUCAACCAAGAAUCAAAAUGAAAGAAUGUGACUAAAUCAAAUCAAAGUUUAAGUGCAUUUAAAGUCAGAUGUGAUUUAGUCCUAUUCUUUAACUUAGAUUGUUGGUUGAGAUGGAGACAUGAAUCCAACAUAUCAAUAAUUCAUUUGUAGACAAACUGGAAUUAAAGCCAGACUAAGUCAGUGGCACAGAUGGAACUAUCCAAUCAGAAGAUAAAUCUCCUUCAAAUGUUGAUAUUUGGUUGCAUUGACAACUAAAUACUAUUCAAUAUCCAGUUUGUCUACAAAUUUUAUAAUUGAAAUGUUGGAUUUGCGUCUCCAUCUCUACCAAAAAUCUAAGUUAAAGAAUAGUACUAAAUCUAGUCAAACUUUAAAUGCAAUUUACAUAAACUUUGAUGUAGUCCUAUUCAUUCACUUAGUCCUAGUCUGGUCAGUGACAAAUAUCAAAGCUAAGCAGGGCUGGGCUUGGUUAAAACCCUGGAUGGGAAACCAAAUUAAUAGCUGAAUAUAGAUCAACUCUCCAACAGAAGGUGCUGCUGAACCUAUUGUUAUUUUUCUGAUAGUGGAUAUGUCGUUGAAGAUCUAAUGUUGUUUCAAAGGUACAAAUUCAACAUAUUUUAUACAAGGUUUGUCUAUGUUGAAAAUUGGUUACAACGAUGACAUAAUCCCGUGGUUGAAAUUCCACCCUCAAAAUAAAUUGACAUUGAUAACUUUUUUUAAAUCCAAUAUAUUUUCCACAUAGAUUCCAUGUCACAAAACAUUGACAAAUUUACGUUGAACCAACGUUGAUUCAACCGGUUUAUGCCCAGUGGGAUGUGUGUUCAUAAGGUGCUUACAUGGUAUUUAACUGGUGCUGUUUUGUGUCUGGGAAAUCAAGCAAGUGAUGUGUAUACAAAUUUAAUAUAACGUUUUGUUUUCAGAGCAGUUUGGAUCCAUGUAGUUGGAUGCUAUUUCCAAUUUGUGUCUCUCUGGCCUCCAGUGUUAUUUCUGACCCAUACUGUUACUGUCCCAGUACAACCUCUCUUGCCACAUUUAUCGAGGUGGUUGACUUAUUGCGUUUUUCUCUAGGUUUUGUGCUUUGAGGUGUAUUAAAGUGUGCACAUGUAUUUAAAUUGAAUUAACUUUUUAUGUGUUGACCUCACAUCAGUCAACCAAAAUAAAGGAAGAAAACAGUCA